ACAUCAUCAGACCCAUCAGACCACCACACGUGCUGCUCCUCUUCUUCUUUAUGUGCUUCAUUGGUACCGUUUGGGGGAGCAAGCCGUGCCUGGAGAGUUGGUUAUAACAAGCUGGAGGACCAGGACGUGGAUUUUAUUUAUUUUUUUUAUUCAUUGUUUUGUUUGUUUUACAUAGGAUAAGCUUGUUGGGUGGUCUCCAUGGACGCUCCUCUUCUUUCUCUGUGGAUGUCAUCCGAAUGAGCGUCUUUAAUUUUUUUGUCACUUUAUCAUCUAAAGUGGUGUUGACAAGAAAAAUAGAGAAGAGAGAGGCGGGGGGAGUUUAGUGACGGACAUGGCGAUGGUGGCGUGGAGGAACCCAGAGGAGGGCACGCUCUCCUCCCCGGUGUCGCACGUUGCUCUGCCUGUGCACAUGAACCCACCGCCGGCCUCCCUGGAGAUGCCCCCGGCUGCAGCACCACUCAACACCACCACCACUAAUAGCAACAACAAUAGUUCUUCUUCGUCGUCAUCGUCGUCGUCGUCGUCCGACAAGCAGGCAAGCGCGCACAUAGAGUGCAUCGUGUGCGGCGACAAGUCAAGCGGAAAGCACUACGGCCAGUUCACCUGCGAGGGCUGCAAAAGCUUCUUCAAGCGCAGCGUGCGCCGCAACCUGAGCUACACCUGCCGGGCCAGCCGAACCUGCCCCGUCGACCAGCACCACCGCAACCAGUGCCAAUACUGCCGUCUCAAGAAGUGCCUCAAAGUGGGCAUGCGAAGGGAAGCGGUGCAGAGAGGCCGCCUCCCCCCGGCACAGUCGUUUCACGGCCAGUUCUCUCUCAGCACGGGCGAGCCCUUACAGUGCCACUCUUACCUGUCAGGUUACAUCUCGCUGCUACUGCGGGCUGAGCCCUACGCAACAUCGCGCUUCGGCUCCCAGUGCCUGCCGGGCGGCGGCGCGGUGGGCAUUGAGAACAUCUGCGAGCUGGCGGCGCGCAUGUUGUUCAGCGCCGUGGAGUGGGCCCGCAACAUCCCGUUCUUCCCCGACCUGCAGGUGUCAGACCAGGUGGCUCUGCUGCGGCUUACCUGGAGCGAGCUGUUCGUGCUUAACGCGGCCCAGUGCGCCAUGCCGGUGCACGUGGCGCCACUGCUGGCCGCCGCCGGCCUGCACGCCGCUCCCAUGUCGGCCGAGCGCGUGGUGGCCUUCAUGGACCAUAUUCGCGUCUUCCAGGAGCAGGUGGAGAAGCUCAAGACGCUGCACGUGGAUUCGGCGGAGUACACGUGCCUGAAGGCAGUCGUGCUGUUCACCACAGCGACUCCCACCAGAAAUCCCGAGGAGAUUGAGAGAGGAGCGAGGGGGGAGGAUGGACAAAUGUUAGCAGAAAUUAGACGAUUGUUCCUCGGUGAAGCCAUUUGAUGGAGACGGCAACUAAAGAUGAUGUUACGUCAUUGAUGAGUGUCGAACGUCAACCAUCUCUGUGGGUGAAUUAUUACUAUAACCACAUAUGUCCCCUUAUGUCUUGUAUUUCAAGUGUGAUUCAAUUAAAGCCAGAUAUGAUCAACACUGUUACUCUUCACAACUUUGUGGAUGCAUAGACGAUUGUGAGUGGUUUAUCCCAAGCGCGUCUCCAUCGCCACCCUCACACCCCGCACAUGUUUGAACUGACUUGUAAACAUGUAUACAGUGUUGAAGUGUUAUGCAUGACGUUGAAUGCAAAAACAGAGUAGAACCAUCUUAAACAUUCUUAUUUUCCUUACGUGGCCUAAUGCAUUUGACAAAAUGGCAGUCUAAUUAGUAAUAGGUGGUUGUUUAGGUGUAAUAACCAUGAACCACUGUAAUAAGUCAUAUUAGUAAUAAAUACUGCCCAAAAUAGAACAGACACUCGUCAAAAUAUGUAUAUCCAAACUAAAAUAAUCAAGGAAUUACUAAAACAGAAGCUUAACUACAUAAUUAGAAGUCCCGUUCCAUUUACUAUCUAGUUGGUACACGCCCAUUUUCAUACUUUACUGUUGAGGAGCAAGAAGACUUCCACAUAGGAUACAUCAGUGGUCCCUUGAUUUAAAAUAGCUUACAGAACCUCCACGAUGCUCGAUCCUCACGCCUCAAUGCGCAUUUAAGACGAUACGCUCCGUAAUAUGGCACCAUGAGAACAACUUCCAGGUCUCUUUCAAUGUAACGAGGAGCUAGUAACGUUGCGCACUGCCAGCUCAGUAGUUCACUGCCAGCCCUCCAACUUAAAAGGGAUAUUUGACUUCUAUAGCCGUCAAUGGCAGCGAAUGAGUUGUUUAAGAGACUUGAUAUCCACCCUAUGUAUCAUGGGCCCAGACUCAUGGCACUGAAGGUACUGGGCAAAUUACAUUAACAUGGCAACAGAAGCUGUAAUCUAAUUGGACAAGAAAAAUCUAACCCACACACGACUGGAAAUUGAACAGCCAUGACACGUACUUUGAAAGGAAUAUAAUGGACAGCUGGGAUUAACUGUAUUUUAAUGUAAAAUGUAAAUGCAGAUCAGUGCUUCUGAUAGUGUUUUGACCAGGACACUCUUGUAAAAGAGGUUUGAAAAACUCAAUGAGGUUUUUCUGGCUGAAUAAAGGUUUGAAGCCCGUGACUGUGUGCCACUGAGGGCAACCAUACUGACUUGUUCAUGUUACUCUUUGAUAGGUUGUUACAUGUAAUUAUGCUACUGAUAAGCAACAUAUGUUCAGAUAGGCUCUCGCCAACUGUUGUUAUUAAUACUAAUGAUAUUGUUAUUCAUUUUAUUAUUAUUAUUUAUUUUAUGUACAAUGUCCUCUGGUAUUUUGAAUAGUGCCCAUUAUCCCUCGCUCCCUGUAAUGUCCAUCUGUGCAUUUUCCGUGCCGCUUAUCCUCUCGAGGGUUGCGGGCGUGCUGGAGCCUAUCCCAGCUAUCUUCGGGCGAGUGGCGGGGUACACCCUGAACUGGUCGCCAGCCAAUCGCAGGGCACAUAGAAAUAAACAACCGUUCACACUCACAUUCACACCUAUGGGCAAUUUAGAGUCUUCAAUUAACCUAGCAUGCAUGUUUUUGGGAAGUGGGAGGAAACUCGAGUACCCGGAGAAAACCCACGCAGGCACGGGGAGAACAUGCAAACUCCACAUGGGCGGGCCCGGGAUUUGAACCCCGGUCCUCAGAACUGUGAUUGAGGCAGAUGUGCUAACCAAUCGACCACCAUGCAAUAUUUUUGUUUAGGAAUCUUAAUUAUUAUUAUUAUUGUUGUUGUUCUUAUUAUUAUUACAUUGCAUAUAUUUAAAAAAUGUCAAAUCUAAUAAUGUAUUAUAUAAGCAACAAAUCAACAAAUAAAACAAAUAACUUUUAUACACAUUUUUUGGUCAAGUCAGAUUUAGAAACAAAGGACAUAAAAAUACAAAAUUAAGAAUAAAAGAAUACAAAAUGCUUUUAGACAUUUAAAAUAGGUUUGUGAAGUCUUAAUAAUUGUUGUGAUCAACAUUUCAAUAAAUUGUACAUAAAAAGUAUAUAGGUACAAUUUUUGUAGAAAGAUUAAUUUUUGUAUUUUUGGGGAAAAACAACAAUAUAUGGAGAUCGUGGAAGUAAGUGUUUUUGUCUUUAUUAUUUUUACUGCGUUUAACAGAAACCUCAGCAUUUUUUUUCCCAGUCAAAAUAUUUCUUAAAAUUGCAUUUCAUUGGACCCUUUUCAAAUCGAAUUUAUGCAUAUUACAUUUUAUUAGACUUUAUGUUGUCUGCAUGCUUCAGUGAGGCAUCAGUGACCUCGUUUGACUGCUCCCAAAAUGUGUCAUUGUAGACACAUUUUUAAAAAGCAUCCAUCUUCCAAACUCAAUAUGUUAGGCAGCAUAAAAGAGGGAAAUAAAAUAGUACUAUUCGAUAAAAAAUGUAUACGUAUUUACAAAAAGCAGCAGCAUCUUAUGUAAGAGGUUCAGUCAGUGCAGUAACCUCACUUGACUCGCUUGAACAAGGCCGCCCUUAAAGCGACAGACGUGUGUUAUGGAAAAAAAAGAAAGAACUGCAUCAAUUAUGUAGUGUGGAAGAAGAAUCAAAUCUCAUAUCCUUUAUUUUUGUAUUGCUUCUUUAAAAAAAUAAAUAAAUAAAUACUUUAAUUUACUAAUCAUUUCCCCCCAAAAUAUGAUAUUUCUUUGCUACCAAAAAUGCUCUAGUUGUGUUUUGAUUGAUUUGAUUUUUGAUUUAUUUCAGUGCAGUUUUACAUUUAUACAUUUAUAAGUACAUUUAUUUAGUUUUGUGGUUUUUGUUUUUUUCUUCCAAGUAUAGUGCUGUUUUCUGUCCCAUAUAAAGUAUAUUUAGUGCUAUUUUAUGGCAGAUAUAUUUACUGUGUAGCGUUGUUUUAUGGCAUAUUUGGUAAAUUUAGUGUAUUAUGUUGUUUUAAAGCACAUUUAAAGUACAUUCAGUGUAUGGUGUUGUUUUAUAGCAUAUUUAAAGAAUACUUUGUCUUGUUUUAUGGCACACUUAAAGUACAUGGAGUGUAUGAUGAGGUUGUUUUGUGGUAUCUUUAUAGUACCUGUAGUUUCUAGCAUUGUUUUAUGGCAUAUGUUAAGUAUAUUUUGUGUUGUUUUAUGGUACAUUUGGUGUGCAGUGUUCUUUUGUGGCAUAUUAAUAAAAUGGUACAGUAUAAAGUAGAUUUUGUGUUGUUUUAUGACAUUUCAAGUCUAUUUCACGUACAGUCUUUUAUGACAUAUGGCAGAGCUAGUGUUUUCGAUAGCGCAUUAGAUUGACUGUCAUUCUAUGGCUUUUAUAUUUACUGCAUAAUCUUGCUUUUAUUGGCAUAUUGGCAACAAUAGUUUUUGAUUAAUGUUGUUCUAUGGCACUUCUAAAAUAGGUUUUGUGUUGUUGGAAGUCCAUUUACUGUAUUGUCUAGUGUUUUAUGGCAUGUUU